UUUCCCAACAAAAAAGAAAACUGAUAAAGGAAGGAGGAAUGGCUGUUGGACUUUGUAAAGUCAUGUCUCAGGGGUUUGUGACCUUCAGAGAUGUGGCUCUAAACUUUUCCCAAGAGGAGUGGGAAUGGCUGGACCCGUCUCAGAAGGAUUUAUACAAGGAAGUCAUGUUGGAGAACUACAAGAACUUGGUAUGGCUUGGACUCUCCAUGUCUAAACCCAACAUGAUCUCCUUAUUGGAGCAAGGGAAAGAACCCUGGAUGAUGGAAAGACAGGUGCCACAUGAUCAAUGUGCAGACUGGAAGUCUUGGUGUGAAAUUAAGGAAUUGCCUCCAAAAUGGUUCAUUAAGGAUGAAGAAAUAUCCCAGGAGAUGGUAAUGGAAAGGCUCACACAUCAUGGUCUUGAACACUCCAGUUUCAGAGAAACCUGGAAAUGUGAGGGUGAGUUUGAGUGGCAUCAGGGAGGUCAGGAGAAGCAUUUCAAGACAGUGACAACUGUUAAGGACAUCUCUACUGGGAAAGGAGACAAUGAACAUAAUAACUCUGGAAGAAGCACCCCUGUGAAGUCAGCACUCUUAACUCAAAAGAAAGUUCCUAUAGUAAAGCAGGUAGAUGAAUUUGAUAUUUAUGAUAAAAUUUUCCCCCCAAAUUCAGUCAUAAUUGACUGUAAAAGACUACAUGCUGAGAAGGAGUCUUUGGUAGGAAAUGAAUGUGGAUUCAAACGGAGUACACACUUUGGUGAGGAUACAAGAAUUCCUUCUGGUGAGAAAUCUUAUGAAAUUAAUGACUUUUCAAAUCUCUUAAGUUUUCACUCAUUACUUACUCAACACCCAUCCACUCAUUUUGGAAAAUUACCCCAUGAAUAUGGUGAAUGUGGUGAUACUUUUAGCUGUUACUCAUUCUUUACUCAGCCUCGGAGGAUUCACAGUGCUGAGAAGCCAAAUGCAUGCAGUGACUGUGGGAAAGCCUUUAGCCAUGACUUCUUUCUCAGUGAACAUCAGAGGACUCAUACUGGAGAGAAACCAUACGAAUGUAAGGAGUGUAACAAGGCCUUCAGACAGAGCGCACAUCUUGCUCAACAUCAGAGAAUCCACACUGGAGAGAAACCUUUUGCAUGCAAGGAAUGUGGGAAGGCUUUCAGUCGUUAUGCCUUCCUCAUUGAACAUCAAAGAAUUCACACAGGAGAGAAACCAUACGAAUGUAAGGAAUGUAACAAAGCCUUCAGACAGAGCGCACACCUUAACCAGCAUCAGAGGAUUCACACAGGAGAGAAACCCUAUGAGUGUGAUCAGUGUGGAAAAGCCUUCAGCAGACGCAUAGCCCUUACUCUUCAUCAAAGAAUUCACACAGGAGAAAAGCCCUUCAAAUGUAGCGAAUGUGGGAAGACCUUUGGGUAUCGCUCACACCUUAAUCAGCAUCAGAGAAUUCACACAGGAGAAAAGCCCUAUGAGUGCAUCAAAUGUGGAAUUUUUAGGACUGACUCACAACUUAAUCGACACCAUAGAAUUCAUACUGGAGAGAAACCAUUUGAAUGCAGUAAAUGUGGGAAAGCCUUCAGUGAUGCUUUGGUUCUAAUUCACCAUAAGAGAAGUCAUGCAGGAGAGAAACCCUAUGAAUGUAACAAAUGUGGGAAGGCCUUCAGCUGUGGCUCGUACCUUAACCAACACCAGAGAGUUCAUACAGGAGAGAAACCCUAUGAAUGUAAUGAAUGUGGGAAGGCCUUCCAUCAGAUCUUGUCCCUCAGGCUGCACCAGAGAAUCCAUGCUGGAGAGAAGCCCUAUAAAUGUAAUGAGUGUGGGAAUAAUUUUAGCUGUGCCUCAGCCCUUAGACGACAUCAGAGAAUUCAUAACAGAGAAACCCUCUGAUUAUAACAAGUACAGGAAAGGUAAAGAAAACUUUUAGUCACCAUUCAAUCCUUGUUGAAUAUCAAUGAAUUGUUUGGUUAGUAAUUCUGUGCAUGCAGCAUAUAAGGAAGAGCCUUCAGUUUAUGAU